UGAUUAACUGUAUGCAAAAUAAGAUAUCAACUAACGAGAGGGCCGUCAAGGGUUAACGCGGAAGCAGAUCCCCUAGCUGAAAAAACAAAAACAAACCGGGGAGUCAGAGCCCCUGAAAGCUCCGGUAGGAAAUUCAGUGGGCCUCCUGUUCCUUUAAACUCUCGCUUUCGCCCCCGCUGACACUUUACAAAGCCGCGGCGGCAGCGGCGGGGACCACGCUGCGGUGCGCCACCUUCCGCCACCCUCCCGCGCUGGGCUGGGGUCCGUGGGGGGCUUCGCAGAGUCGGUAACCGAACUGGCUCUGGUUUGCUUUCUCCACUCCCUAGCCACUACCAGAACCAGCCUCCGCGAAGGGGCGAGCUGUGGUUAACCCUUUGGUGCCCAGAGAGACCCCGCCAGGGUCGGGGCGGGGCGCGAUCGCCCCCCGCAGUCGGGCGCGAAGGCGGCCCGGGAGCCAGGUGGGUGUGGGGCGCAGUUGGCGGAGCUGCCCAGGGCGUGCGAGCAGGCUGCGAGGAUGGCGCCCCGGCGGCGCGGAGGUACCGCCCCGCGCUCCCCCGCUAGCUCCCCGGACUGUCCUCUCUCCCCGCGCUCUGGGGCAGCCGGCUGCCUGGGGCGCGCGGGGCUGGAGUGGCCUUCUCCCUCCCCUUCGCUAGGCUCCCCCGGCUUAAUCUGUUGGCCGCGACUCCUCAGCCAGCCCCGAGGAAAGUGCAGCCAUUGGACAGGUCUGUGCGGGCUGCCGGUUUCAGGGAGGAAGGUGGGAGAAGCCUGGAGGAGCGAAGGGGAGGGCGGAGGGAGGAGGGAGGAGGGUGCGGCGGCAGAUCUGGCAAAUUGCGAGCUGCCUUCCCUCCUCAAAGUGUGGAGAAGGAGCGCGGGGGAGCGUGGCGACGGCAGCGCCUCCUCCGCCACCAAACUCCUGGGGCUCCGCGGGGGCUUGGGGCCACCUCCUCCUGAGCCUGGAGGAACCCUCUCCCGAUAGGUUCCAGCCUGACUCCCUCCCACUCCACCCUUUUCCUUUCUUCUUCCUCUUUUUUUUUUUUUUUUUUAAACACAUUUUUUUUCCUGGCUUCGGACCUCAGACUGCUGAAGCCCUAACCUUCCCAGGGCUCAGCUCUUUGGAGCUGCCCAUUCCUCGGGCUGCGAGAAAGGACGCGCGCCCUGCGUCGGGCGAAGAAAAGAAGCAAAACUUGUCGGGAGGGUUUCGUCAUCAACCUCCUUCCCGCAAACCUAAACCUCCUGCCGGGGCCAUCCCUAGACAGAGGAAAGUUCCUGCAGAGCCGACCAGCCCUAGUGGAUCUGGGGCAGGCAGCGGCGCUGGCUGUGGAAUUAGAUCUGUUUUGAACCCAGUGGAGCGCAUCGCUGGGGCUCGGAAGUCACCGUCUGCCGGCACCGGGUUGGCGCUGCCCGAGUGGAACCGACAGUUUGCGAGCUUCGGCUGCAAGUGGCCUCUCCUCCCCGCAGUUGUUGUUCAGUGUCGGGUGAGGGCUGCGAGUGUGGCAAGUUGCAAAGAGAGCCCCAGAGGUCCGAAGAGCGCUGCGCUCCUACUCGCGUUCGCUUCUUCCUCUUCUCGGUUCCCUACUGUGAAAUCGCAGCGACAUUUACAAAGGCCUCCGGGUCCUACCGAGACCGAUCCGCAGCGUUUGGCCCGGUCGCGCCUAUUGCAUCGGGAGCCCCCGAGCACCGGCGAAGGACUGGCGGGCGGGGUAGGGAGGUGGCGGCGGCGGCAUGGCGAGGUUUCCGAGGGCCGACCUGGCCGCUGCAGGAGUUGUGUUACUUUGCCACUUCUUCACGGACCAGUUUCAGUUAGCCGAUGGGAAACCCGGAGACCGAAUCCUUGGUUGGCAGUAUGGAGUUACUCAGGCCUUCCCUCACACAGAGGAGGAGGUGGAAGUUGAUUCACACGCGUACAGCCACAGGUGGAAAAGAAACUUGGACUUUCUCAAGGCGGUAGACACGAACCGAGCAAGCGUCGGCCAAGACUCUCCUGAGCCCAGAAGCUUCACAGACCUGCUGCUGGAUGAUGGGCAGGACAAUAACACUCAGAUCGAGGAGGAUACAGACCACAAUUACUAUAUAUCUCGAAUAUAUGGUCCAUCUGAUUCUGCCAGCCGGGAUUUAUGGGUGAACAUAGACCAAAUGGAAAAAGAUAAAGUGAAGAUUCAUGGAAUAUUGUCCAAUACUCAUCGGCAAGCUGCAAGAGUGAAUCUGUCCUUCGAUUUUCCAUUUUAUGGCCACUUCCUACGUGAAAUCACUGUGGCAACCGGGGGUUUCAUAUACACUGGAGAAGUUGUACAUCGAAUGCUAACAGCCACACAGUACAUAGCACCUUUAAUGGCAAAUUUCGAUCCCAGUGUAUCCAGAAAUUCAACUGUCAGAUAUUUUGAUAAUGGCACAGCACUUGUGGUCCAGUGGGACCAUGUACAUCUCCAGGAUAAUUAUAAUCUGGGAAGCUUCACAUUCCAGGCAACCCUGCUCAUGGAUGGAAGAAUCAUCUUCGGAUACAAAGAAAUUCCUGUCUUGGUCACACAGAUAAGUUCAACCAAUCAUCCAGUGAAAGUCGGACUGUCCGAUGCAUUUGUCGUUGUCCACAGGAUCCAACAAAUUCCCAAUGUUCGAAGAAGAACAAUUUAUGAAUACCACCGAGUAGAGCUACAAAUGUCAAAAAUUACCAACAUUUCGGCUGUGGAGAUGACCCCAUUACCCACAUGUCUCCAGUUUAACAGAUGUGGCCCCUGUGUAUCUUCUCAGAUUGGCUUCAACUGCAGUUGGUGUAGUAAACUUCAAAGAUGUUCCAGUGGAUUUGAUCGUCAUCGGCAGGACUGGGUGGACAGUGGAUGCCCUGAAGAGUCAAAAGAGAAGAUGUGUGAGAAUACAGAACCAGUGGAAACUUCUUCUCGAACCACCACAACCGUAGGAGCGACAACCACCCAGUUCAGGGUCCUAACUACCACCAGAAGAGCAGUGACUUCUCAGUUUCCCACCAGCCUCCCUACAGAAGAUGAUACCAAGAUAGCACUACAUCUAAAAGAUAAUGGAGCUUCUACAGAUGACAGUGCAGCUGAGAAGAAAGGGGGAACCCUCCACGCUGGCCUCAUCGUUGGAAUCCUCAUCCUGGUCCUCAUUGUAGCCACAGCCAUUCUUGUGACAGUCUAUAUGUAUCACCACCCAACAUCAGCAGCCAGCAUCUUCUUUAUUGAGAGACGCCCAAGCAGAUGGCCUGCGAUGAAGUUUAGAAGAGGCUCUGGACAUCCUGCCUAUGCUGAAGUUGAACCAGUUGGAGAGAAAGAAGGCUUUAUUGUAUCAGAGCAGUGCUAAAAUUUCUAGGACAGAACAACACCAGUACUGGUUUACAGGUGUUAAGACUAAAAUUUUGCCUAUACCUUUAAGACAAACAAACAAACACACACACAAACAAGCUCUAAGCUGCUGUAGCCUGAAGAAGACAAGAUUUCUGGACAAGCUCAGCCCAGGAAACAAAGGGUAAACAAAAAACUAAAACUUAUACAAGAUACCAUUUACACUGAACGUAGAAUUCCCUAGUGGAAUGUCAUCUGUAGUUCACUCGGAACAUCUCCCGUGGACUUAUCUGAAGUAUGACAAGAUUAUAAUGCUUUUGGCUUAGGUGCAGGGUUGCAAAGGGAUCAGAAAAAAAAAAUCAUAAUAAAGCUUUAGUUCAUGAGGGAUCGACACCUUUGGUUCAAAUAUUCUCUGAUGUCUCACAGAUAACUGUUUUCCAAAGCCUGAACCCUUUCACUCAAAAGAGCAAUGAUGAAUGUCUCAAGAUUGCUAAGAAAAACAGCCCAUGCAGGAGUGAAAACAAACACAAAAUAAGAGAUUUUCUACAUUUUCAAAACAGAUGUGUGGCAAAAGGAUGUUGUUUUUCUGGUCUAGAUCCAUCUGUACCAACAAGUUCAUCACUUUACAGAACGAAUCUUUUUAUCUGUACAGGAGGUUCAAACUAUGUCUGCCUCUUCCUUCGUAAUGAAUGACCUUUCUAUGAGCUGUGACAAAAUUUCCGAACAAUUAGCUAAGGAUUUGGGAAGAGGGGGUGGCAAACGGGGCUUUCUGUUUUCCUGCCUCAGCAUAAAAACAUCUGAUUUAUGCUUUAUGGAAGCCUUACCUCCAUUCCCCAACUGUGAAGUCCCAUGAAACCACAGUUGCUCUGGGCUGAUGGAAACAAAAGGAAACAGUAUGAAGAGUUCCUUAAUCAUUUUUGAAACAAAAAUGUUAAGGGAUUUUAAACAUAUGGUUAUUUUUAAUUUUAUGCCUUUUCAGUACUAAAGACCCAUUUCAUUGCUGAUUCCUAAGAAGCCAUUCACGUCAGCAUGGCGAUAGAAAGAAUGAAAAAACCCUGCUGAAUCAUACAGUAAUUUUCUUUAAAGCACAUAGUAGUUACAUAAAUAUAUAUAUAAAUAUAUUUUUGUUUAUAACUAACACAAGGCAGGAUCUUGUGACUCUAAGAGUGCAUUUUGUCAUCAAGACAAAACAGAUGCAAGAUGCAUCGCUGCAUUACUUCCAUAGAGUUGUAAAAUAAUCCUUAAUAUUAGAAUAUUUUUCUGUCACUUAGCAAAAGUGGUUCAGUUCAUUGCCGUGCCCAUCAUGUUCUUGACUAUUUGAUCCACUUUUUCGUUUAUGUCAACCCCUUCCCUCUCUGGCUAAAUAAAGUGGAUGCAGAAAGCUCCUUAAAUGGAGAUAUCGAUUGCCUUGGAAUCACAAUCCUGAUUUUGAAAAUUCCCCAUGAAUGAAGAAAGGAAUGGCAUCCCUUGAGAAGGAAAGUGGUUAAUAUACAUACUGAGCUCCUAAAGUUUAAAUUCAGGUACUGAGUGUACAAUUUCACCAACAUUCUAACCCAUGAAACCUUUACACUCUGUACCAAGAAACUGUUGGCUUUUGUAAGGUACAGUGCUCAACAUUUGCAGAUUCAGGUCUCAAGAAGCAGAGAUGUCUCAUAAGCAGCAUUUUCCCAACAGUUUAGCAUCUGUACACAUCUGCCUUGGACAUCAGUCCACUCACAGAGUACCAUACUUUAUCAUCACAAGUGUCUGACGUGAACGAAUGCCAUUUUCUAUUCCAUAUAUUUUGCUUUACAAUUUUAAGUAUUUGAUGAAGGUGGUAACUUUUUCCUAACUUAGUUAACUAUUAAAAAAAAUUUUGAAAAGCAAGGUGAUUGAAGGAUUGUGAUGACAAUCUCUUUGCAGCAGCUAUGUAUGGUUUAUGUGAAGUAUCCCCGCUUAUUCUUGUGGAGUAGGUUUGGUGAGACAGCAAUAACCAAAUGACAUGCCAAUAUUAAUGGUGCAACUGGUAUUCUACACAUGCAUAAGGAACACAUAGACGACUUCCUUUUAGGAUAAAAUGAUGCUUCUUUCACUACCUUUUGUGGUAGCUGUGGCUUCCAAUAGCAAGUGUUUGACAGUUAUAUAAAUCUUGCGUGUGUAUUCUUAGUUUGUGUCCCUUAAGUACUACUUAAUUCUCAAGUAGUAAUGUUAUUCUUAUACCCUUCAUCGUUCUAUUUUGAUUCAAAACAAUUGAUUCAAAACAAUUUUGAAUCAAUUUUCUAUUUUAAUUCAAAACAAUUGAUAAUUCUGUAAAAAAACAUAAACACUCUGAAUUCUUCAGUGAACCAAAGCACCAAAUAAUAGAGAAAACUUCUUGAAACUGGAGUGUGGGAAAACUUCAUAACAGAACUAAGAGUUAAAGGUAGUGAGAAGUGUGUGGUGUGUGAAUUCUUUAGUGGUAAGGGGAAAUGUUGGCUAAAUCCUUUUCUUUCAUGAAACUCUCAUUCUAUUUUAUAUUUCUGGUUUGUUCUUGUUCCCAUUUGAGAAAACAUACACACAGUUUCUGAAAAUUCAAAAUGGUCAUCAAUGCUUUGGACUUUACAUAAUUAUGUAUUAGAGAAGGUGCAACUGUACAUUACUUAAUAUACUAUGAACAUAAUAGAAUAACAAAAAAUUAAAGAUAACAAAGAGAUGCAAACUUCUGGAUAAAUCAGAUAAAUGGUGCUACAGAGGAAUUUAGUUAUUUCAGCUUAAUUAUUUGUAAAAAUAAUAAUCAGUGAUUAGGUAAAGAUACUGAAACUCAAGAAAAAUAUCUUGACCCAUUUAUGUCUAGUGUUCCAUUAUUGGAAUGCUAAGCUUAUGGGAGUUAUUUAGAGCCUACUGCUCAAGGUCAUCACCAAGGUCUGGUUGCAAAAAUUCAAAAAAUUGCAACCUCAGGAAUAAAUGGCUUAAGCCCAACAGAUGGCAUUGACUAUAAAUGGUGGCUUGUGUGUGAAGGGUUUGGACUUCAAGAUAUACUAACACCUAGAAAACUAAAAGUGCAAUUGACCCCCAAUUACUAUUUUAGUUUGAGGUAUCAAGGGCAUUUGCCAAUCUCUUAUAUGUAGCUUCUAGAGUUGUGCUGUCCAAUAUUAGAUCCACUAGCCAACGUGGCUUUUGAAAUUAAAAUUAAUUAAAAUUAAAUUAAAAACGUAAUUCUUCAGUCACACCAGCCAUAUUUCAAAGGCUCAAUAGCCACGCCUGGCUUGUGGCUACCAUAUUGGAUAACAAGAAACACUUCCAUGGUUGAAGAAAAUUUUAAUGGACAAUUCUGUGUUUCAUUUGAAUUCCUUGUCCUUGAAGAAAAGGGAAGAAGAGGAAAGAAACAAGAUUUGGUAGCUCUUGGGCAUAUCCAAGCAUUUUUGAUCUUAGAGAGGCCCUAUGGAGUAAUGAAAAAAAUACAAGCUGACACAGCUUUAAAUCCCCACUGUGUUAUCUUGGGAAAAUCACUUCAACCUCCAUGAGUAUCAAUUUGCAAUUUUGGAAAAGAAAAACAAUUUUUGUCCUGUCUUUCUUGCAAGAUUAUUAUGCAACCUGAUUAAAUGUACAGAUGUGCAGACUCUUAAAAACCUUAUGUUAAUGUAACCCAUAUAAAGUACGACUUUUGGUCGAGUACCAGCACAAAUUUGCAUUCAAAGGAAGAAUAGUUCAUCAGUGCAAAAAGCGUUCAAAGGUAAUCAGUUCAUCACGUAUCUUGAGAAAAAGAGAAUGCAUUCAAAACACAAAGCAAAAUUGCUUCAGUUUCUUUUCUGCCCAUCUGAAUAUUUCCUUUAGUAUUUGUCCCACAUGACAUCCAUCCCAUGUAUUUAUCCACUCUUUGCCAACAUUGCCUAUGAACAUCCUUCAACUGGCUCAGUUCUUUAUUGCAUAGAGCCACUUAGCUUCUCUAGUUUCUUAUGAUUUCCUGUUUUACACUUAACAGCAAAAGGAGGCUUCCAUUUAGAAGGCACCAUCUCAAACAUAAAUAAUUUCAUAUUUAUUUUAUCACUAUAACACUAAUGUAAGGAACUAUGGCGUUAAAAUAUAAAACUAUUUGGAACUUAAUGUAAACCUUUGCACAUGCAGACUAUAUAAAGGGAAUAAAAUUAUUUAAAAUUAUGCUAAUAUCCAGAUACAUAUUCUAAGGUUAGUAUCAUUUAUCAGUUUUUGGCAACAGAUUCUUAUGUUACAUCUUCAUGAGGGAGUAUAAAUUUGAUCACGUCCCUAGUGUCUAUUGCCCACUUGAGAAAGAUUUUGCCAGGAUCCACGGAUCGCUUCAAGAUGCUUUCAUUUAUGAUAGGAAAUUAAUAUUUAAAUAAGACUAAUUGAAAACUAGAUUAUCUGGUUCUAAUUUCUUCCUCCUGUGAAAUGUUCUUUUGGUUUGUAUUUCUUUAGGUAUUUUCCGAGUUACUGCUGCUUUUACUUCACCACCUCCAACCCCACUUUUGUUAUCAGCGUCAUAUGCCAGAAUCGUGGCAGAUCCAGCCUGGACAACAUAGUGAGACCCAUCUCUAUCAAAUAUACAUACAUAUAUACACACACACACACACACACACACACACACAAAUAUACAUGUAUAUCAAAUAUAUAUGUAUAUUUGAUAGAGAUGAUAGCAAUUAUAUGUGUGUGUGUGUGUGUGUGUGUGUAUUAGCCAAGUGUGGUUUCCCAUGCCUGUAGUCCCAGCUACUUUGGAGGCUGAAGUGUAAGGGUUGCUUGAGCCCAUGAGUUAGAGGCUGCUGUGAGCUAUGAUCAUGCCACUGCACUGCAGCCUGGGCAACAGAGCAAAACCCCAUCUCUCAAUAAAAAAAAGAAUCGUGAGACAUCGUGUAAUCCAACCUCUUAAUGUUACAGAUAAGUAAACUGAGGCCCAAAGAGAUAUAGUAAUAGUCCCAGUGUCAGUAAACUGGGUCUUAAACUUAAAUGUUUGUUUCAGUUCUCAUUGCCUACAUCUCUUAAUUGUCGGCACUUAAGGCCAACCAAGCAGCUUAGACAGCACAGUCCACUCAACGGUAACUUUAUUUGCUAUAUUGACGAUCUGCUCUGUUCUGUAAUAUAGAACAUUGGAUCAAUCUUUAUCUUUUUGCUGACUUAAGGAGGCUGCUAUUGUUGCAACAUCCAGAGAUUUCAAGUUCUAGCCAUUGCAGGGUCUUUGUGGUGUUUUCAAUUUCUCCUCUCUCCACCCCUGCCCCCAUCUGUGGCCAUCUAAGUUAGCAAUACAAUUUAUUUUGGCCAUUUAAAAUUUUUCUGCCUUUGUUUUAUUUCCUCCCAAAUGUAUUUGAAAAUGAAUGAUCUAUAUAGCCGAUUUUCUGACCACAUAUAUAAUUGCAAUUUUUAUUUGCUCUUCAAACUAUUACAACAUUUUUGUCCUCAUAAGGUUUUUUGGGCAGAUAAUGCGAGGUCUGUGGUGUUACCUUUUAUAUACUCCUAUUACCUUAUGUUUGUGAAGCAUUUUACAUUUUACAGAGCACUUUGAUUCAUCUCCCUAUUUGUUCAUUUAUUUAACUGUUCAGUUCACUGAAAUAUUUAUUGAACACCUACUGGAACCAAGUGACUGUGCUAGUAACUUGUGAUAUACAGUAGUGAGAGUCCAGGCAUGUAACUGAUCAUUAUAAUACAAUAACAUCCCUAAACCAGACUUUACUAGUAGAUAGGAUCAACAAUACUCUAUCAAUUUUCAACUCCAAUUUUCUGUUCUACUUAAAAUGGGAACUAGAAACUGUUUGCCUGAAGAAUGUGUCUGAAACAUAAUACAUCACUGCAUGUCUGUGCUGUAGACCUGUUAAUUUUAUUUGUGAGAAAAAAAGUUACUCAAAAUUCUCCCUGCCCUAAGAAUACUUUCUAGUUCACUGUGGUCUUACUGACCAGAUGCAACAGUUGAAGUUUGAUUUCUCGACCCAAUAUUUCUAUUGGGUUUUGAAUUAUUAAUAUCACUGUUUUGAGGUAUUCAGAAACACCAGUGUAUCAAAAAAGCAUUUGCACUUUAGGUGUGUGUGGUGGUUAUGUCAUUUAUUAGACCAUCCCAGACAUAAGACAAUCAGGGAAAUCAGAAAACUCCAGCCUCAAAUGUGUCUAUAAUUUCCUGUUCUACCAUUGUCGUAUCAUAACAUGGUAUUACUUCUUAAGGUUUUGAUUAAGUUGAUCUAGCCUCAACUUAAAUUGUAAUACAUCUGCCUAAUUAUUGUCUGGAAUAACUUUCCCACCAUCCAAUGCCCACUGCUCUCACAAUGAUUAUUGUAGAGAAGUAAAAUGGUAAUUAUUCAAGUAAAGUCACAUAAUUUCUGGAGUCAGUUUUUCAUAACAAGUUUAUGGAAUACAUCAUCAUUGGCUUCUUCAUAAUAUAUUUAUUAUGAGUGACCAAAUUUUGCCUGGAGGAGCAAAAUGCUCAAAACUUGUUAUUAUAGGUUAAUUUCCAGCUCACUGUUGACACUGAAAGAUUCUGUGUUACUUUAAAUCCAGGAUAAAAGGCUGGAAAAAAAAUUAAAUGUAAGUCAUAAACUAGUACUCAGCUUUUCCUAGUUUCUAAGGCUUAUUAACGUUUGCGAAUUACUCAAUAAAUGUCUUUCAUAAUGGAAUAACAUAAAAGCUUUUGAUUUGGCAGAUAGUGAUAUUUUAUUUAUUUUCAUUCUGGUUGAAAAAAAUCUCUGGCUUCUCUUCAUUCCACGAGAAUUUUGAUUUUUAACAGCAGUCUCUCUUUUUCCCAGCAUUGCAAAUAUAUAUGUAUAUAUAUUCAUGACCAAAGUAUCGCUUACUGACCAUGCAGCUGUAAACCUUGUGUGCCUAUCAAACAAAUACAUAGCAUGCAACUAAUUUUAGAAGUUUCAUGGGGGAAUUUUAGGGGAAAGUAUAAACCUAAGAGUGAGUGAAUGGAGAUGAUUCAUGGAAAAAAAAUAAAAAUCUGAAUGUGCUAUUAGGUAGAGUUAUUAACUUCUUUUAGUUGUUGUUUGAGAUGGAGUUUUGCUCUUGUUACCCAGGCUGGAGUGCAAUGGUGUGAUCUCGUCUCACUGCAACCUCCGCCUCCCAGGUUUAAGCGAUUCUCCUGCCUCAGCCGCCCGAGUAGCUGGGAUUACAGGCAUAUGCCACCACAGCCGGCUAAUUUUGUAUUUUUAGUAGAGACGGGGUUUCUCCAUGCUGGUCAGGCUGGUCCCCAGCUCCCGACCUCAGGUGAUCCGCCCACCUCCGCCUCCCAAAGUGCUGGAAUUACAGGCCUGAGCCACCGUGCCUGGCCGAGUUAUUAACUUCUUAAGAGCAAUGUGCUAAUAAAUAUUCAUUGAUGACCAGCUCAAAUUUAGGUCAUUCAGACAUCCAGACACUGGGGCACAUAUUCUGCAAGCGAUGCUGAGACCCCUGACAUAGAGAAAGCAAAGGAUAUGCCUAUGAUUACUCUAAAAUGCAGCCAUCACCCCCCAUACCUCUUCUAUGGCAUUCGUCCUAACAUCAUGGAGGCCUUUGUCCUAGAGAAUUAUGUGACUUGCCCUAGAGAAUUAGUGAAUGACCAAAAAGAGACUUUCCAUUUAUCUUCCUUUGACUUAAAAGGCAUGAAAAUAAGGCAAAAAAAUCAAUAAAAUAAUUUUCCUGAGGAAAGGUUAAGAGAUGGCACUUUCCUUUCUGGGCCCAGAGCUGGAUUUCUCUGAGGUUUGACCAUCUCAGGACCCAGACAGACUCCAGUGCUAUUUUCUGGACAUUUGUGGUGAAGCCUCAGCCACCAUGUUCAAGGUAGUUUGAAUGAAAACAUACUCAGAUUGUCACAUUUAUAGCGGGGAAAUAAAAACUCAAAUUAGGCAUCCUGCAGCAGGCUACUCUGAAAAUAACAUUAGGCAACAUCAGAGCUUCACUUGCAAAGAAAUGUUAAAAUCAUUUUAGGGAAAUCAGUGAAGUCUCUUUAGAAACAGACAUCUUGUGUAUGGCGUAACCCAGUCUUGGGGCCCUCACGGAGAAGAGGGGGAAGUCUUUUCAUUGAUUGGUCAAAACAAAUCUCUCAUUUGCCUGAUUUGAAGCAUUUCAACAGUGCCUGGAGAGUACAUUAUUUUCAGGGGAAAAAAAGGAGAGAGUCUUUUUUAUAUGCCAGCUGGGACCAUGGGAACUUCGAAUGCCAGGAAUUUACUACUGUUUCUGGUAAUUCUGUUUGUAGUCAUUUGAAAUGUUGAAGUGUGAAAAGAGAAGAAAUUGGGCACUUCUUGUGGCGGGGGGAAGGGGGGGCGGUGGCUUUCCAGAUUUUAUGCCAGUUGCACCAGCAUGCAGAAUAUUUGUAAUGCAUUUCAAAGUGGAUAUAAUUGCACCCUUUGUCAGAAUCACAAAGCUCACUGCGGCGCUGCUACAAGAGAACACUGAGGAAAAUCUGGCCCUAUGAACCCAGUCAACCCCAAGCAAAAAGAAUGACUAUGUGUGUGAGUGCAGCACAUGGCCAGUUCGUUUCUCACUGUUUUGGAAAGCCCUGUGUGCCAAACCAAGGACGUGUCUUUCAGGGAAAGGUUAAUUUUCCGAAGUUUAUUAAAAUAGAACUUGGAAAACCAAGCAUUUUGAAUUUAUUCCAGUCCUCUGGGCAUCAUUCCUAUUUCUUCUGCCAUGUCAAGGAGAAAUUCCAAGCCUGCAUUCUGUCAUGCUAAAAUAACCAGCCCAUAUUUCUCGAUGACCUUCUGUUGAACGUACCUGAGCCUGCAAAUGUAAAAAUGAUUGUAUCUGAAUUUGCACUAAUGGUGUCUGAGAGCAAAAAGAGUGUGACCUCUAUUGGAAACCUUUGUUCAAAUUCAAUAAUUCAGAGAUGCUACAUACUUCUGCAAGCUUCCUGAUUAUGUUCACUGUAAUAUUAAUGACCUAAGUUUGAAUGUAUUUCCUUACAGUCCAUUAAUUUGACAUCCAUCUUUUACCUGGGGAUUAUUACGAUUGCAAUAAGUCAUUAAUGUUUUCUUCACACAGCUUCUUAAACCAAGUUUCUCUGCAGCUUUUUUGGUUCUGCUUACAGUGUGUGGGAAAUCUGAUUUUUUUCCCCUAGUAAUAGUUUGAUAAGAAAUUUAGUGUAUUGACUGCCUCAGUGACACAAUUUAUCUUUAAAGGUGUGGAAGCUGGUGGGGACCAAAUGUUACCUGUGUUUUUGCUGUUGAUUGCUAUUUUCAGAAGCAAACCAUGUUUUUCACUUACAGUAGGAGUCAACAAAUUUGGGAUUUUAGAAGGGGGAGGAGGGAGCUAUUUGUGUAAGACUGCUGUCAUAUUUGACUACAUAUUAAAAACAAUAAAUGAGCAUUUUGUUUUAAUUUCUUAAA